UCCAUGGAGUGGGCGAUGAGGCUGGCCACAGCAGCCCUUUUGCUGGGUGUCGUAAUGGUGACUACGGGAGAUGAGGAAGAAAAUGACCCGUGUGUCUACGAGGCCCUGCCGGAUGAAGACGCUGUGCUCUGCAAGGGCCUUGGCGUUUUCUACCCUGAGCUGGGGAAUAUUGGCUGCAUGUUUAUUCCUGACUGCGACAACUUCCGACAGAAGAUCACCACCUGGACAGAGCCCAUAGUCAAGUUCCCCGGGGCCCUGGACGGCGCAAGCUACAUCCUGGUGAUGGUGGAUCCAGACGCCCCCAGCAGGUCGGAACCCCGCUCGAGAUUCUGGAGACACUGGCUGGUGGUGGACAUCAAGGGCGCGGACUUGAAGAAAGGGAAGAUUCAAGGCCAGGAGUUAACCGCCUACCAGCCUCCCUCCCCGCCAGCACACAGUGGCUUCCAUCGCUACCAGUUCUUCGUCUACCUCCAGGAAGGAAGGGUCAUCUCUCUCCUUCCCAAAGAAAACAAAACUCGAGCCUCUUGGAAAAUGGACAGUUUCCUGAACCGUUAUCGCCUGAAUGAACCAGAAGCAAGCACCCAGUUCAUGACCCAAAACUACCAAGACUCGCCCAGGCUCCAGGCGUCCGGCAACGGCAAUGGCAACGACAAGGCCAAGAGCCAACACAAUUAGAGAUGACUGCUUGCCGUGCCUGACCGCAGGGGUCACCCUCCUGGCAUGGGUCCACUUGCCACUACCACCAGCCUGCUGUGGAAGCCCUCUGGGUAUGGACCCCUUCUCUCCCCAAUUAAAAAAAAUCAUCC